AUGUGGAGAGUUGACGUGGGGGACAAAGGGGCUCGGAUCUCGUGUGUGCGGGUCAAAUACCUGUUCCUGACCUGGCUCACGGUCCUGGUGGGCAGUUGGGUCAUCUACGUGCAGUACUCCAGCUACACCGAGCUGUGCAGGGGGCACCAGUGCAAAAACGCCAUUUGUGAUAAAUACAAAAGAGGAAUCAUCGACGGCUCGGCCUGUGUGGGUCUGUGUGACAAAGAAACUCUGUACAUGGGCAGGUGCCUCUCCACUUCACCCAACAACCAGGUGUACACAGGGAGCUGGGGGGACCAUGAUGGCAUUAUCCACUGUAAACUGGGGGAGGUGGCACAUUACGAGCUGGGGGAGGAGCCAGAGCCACGCAAAGAGGUGCCUGUCUUCGACACACCCACCAGAGGGACGUCUGUGGAGAAGUUCAGGGAGAUGGUCUUCAAUCAUCUCAAGUCUAAACUGGGAGAGCAGGCGAACCUGGCGAGCCUUGUCACCCACAUCCUGUCUGUCGCCGACGGCAACCGAGACGGGCGCGUGUCACUGCCAGAGGCGCGCUCCAUGUGGGCCCUUCUACAGAUGGAUGAGGUUCUGCUGGGUCUGCUCCUCCAGGACCGUGGCCACACCCCUCGUCUCCUGGGCUUCUGUGGGGACCUGUACAUGACGGAGCGCGUGCACUCGGGGCCCCUCUACGGCCUGUCUCUGCCCUGGCCCCUCGCCCACUGGCUGCCCACUGGCCUCCAGCGCACCAUGGACCAGUGGUUCACCCCCUCCUGGCCACGCAAAGCCAAGAUCUCCAUGGGUCUUCUGGAGCUCGUGGAGGACAUCUUUCACGGUACCUACGGCAGCUUCCUCAUCUGUGACAUGAACGCCGCGAUUUUUGGCUACACGGACCGCUACGAGCUCCGCCUUCUGGACAACAGAGUGGUCAUUUCAGAAGAGCAGUUUGGACAGAAGAUGAAAGCGCUGAAAUGUCAGACUGACCUGGAUUGCGUUUAUGGAGCUGAUUGCGUUUCUUCGUGCGAUGCGGUGGAGAAGAAGUGCAAAGAGGAGCCACACAAACCCAAUCUGGCCAAAGCGUGUAGCGUGCUGAAAGACUACCUCCUGCGGGGGGCGCCGUCGGUGCUGAGGGAAGAGCUGGAGAGGCAGCUGUACGCCUGCAUGGCUCUGAGGGGCAGUGCACAGAUGGACAUGGAGCAUUCGCUGACCUUGAACAACCUGAAGGCUCUGCUGUGGAGGCAGAUCUCACACACCAAGGACUCAUGAGCACACAGUCUGAGCAUCACUGUUUUUACAUUGUGUUGUGUAGAUACAGACACAAGGGACCAGCCUCAGAGGAGUGGUGUACAGCAGACAUGAACCAAACAGUGAGUCAAACAGGAACUGAAAAUGUACUCUACCAGUCAAAAGUUUGGACACACUUUUUAAUUCAUUCAUCUUCUUUAUUUCCAUGAUUAUUUACAUUGUAGAUUCUCACUGAAAGCAUCAAAACUAUGAAUGAAUAUGGAAUGUAGUAAACAAAAAUAAACUCAAAACUUAUUUUAGAUUAAAAACUAAAAUAGCCACCCUUUGCUUUGAUCACGGCUUUGCACUCUUCGUAUUUCUUGACCCUGACAAGGCACCGCUGUAAAGUGAAGACCAUUUCAGGAGACCUCAUCAUAAAGUUUAUUCAUAGAAAAGCAGGAGUCUGCAGAGCUGUCGACAAAACAAAUGGAUACUUUGAGAAUUUGAAUAUAAAAUUUUUAAAAAUUAGAAAUAAAAAGAAAGUUAUUUCACUUUUUUUGUUUACUACAUGAUUCCAUAUAGCUUGCUAUGUAUAUUUG